AUGUCUGAAGAAUUACAGUAUUCUGGUAUUAAUUUUUUUCGCCAACGUUUAGUAUAUUCAUUAUUAAGUGGAAGAAGUGUAAAAAUAUUUGACAUUCGUCAUAAGGAUGAAAAUCCUGGAGUUAAAGAUUUUGAGACACAAUUGUUAAAACUUCUUGAUCAAAUUACAAAUGGAAUAAAGGUAACUAUCAAUGUUACUGGUACAGUUGUUCAUUUUCAACCUGGUGUAUUACUAGGAGGUAAUGUUACUUUUGACUGUGGCUUAUCACGUUGUAUUUCAUACUUUUUGGAGGUUCUUGUUAUCUUAGCUCCAUUUUGUAAAAGGCCUAUUAAUGCAAAAUUAAGUGGGAUAACAAAUAAAUAUGAUGAGUUGUCUUGUGAUGCCAUUAGAGCAACAUGGUUACCAAUUUUUAAAAAAUUUAUUUUGAAUGAUGAAAAUUUAGAAAUCAAAGUACUUAAAAGAGGAUUUUAUCCUUUAGGAGGAGGUUUUGUUACUUUUAAAUCACCUGUUACCAAAAAUCUUCGUCCAAUAACUAUAGAAAAAGUUGGAAAAGUUUGUAAAAUUCGUGGUUUAUCAUAUACAUGUCGUGUAAAUUCAUCUUUCGCUAAUAGAAUGGUAGAUGCUGCAAAAGAAAAGCUUCGUGGUUUUAUUGCAGAUGUUUAUAUAACAAUAGAUCAAAGGAAGGGAGAAGCUGGUGGUAAAUCAAAUGGUUAUGGUAUAUUUUUAACAGCUGAAACAACAGAUGGAGUAUUUUAUCAUGGUGAAGCUAUGUCUAAAGAAGUUCAGGAUGGUGAAGUACAAUUAGUUCCUGAGGAUAUAGGAUAUGCUGCUGCAGAAAAAUUAUUAGAUGAAAUUUUUAAAGGUGGUGCUUCAGAUUGUACAGCUUCUUUCUUAGCAUCAACUUUUAUGGCAUUAACAGAUAGGAAUGCUUCUAAAUUUGUAUAUGGUACAUUGACACAAUAUUCUGUUUAUUCUUUAAGACAUCUUAAAGAUUUCUUUGGUAUAACAUUUAAUUUUUCACAAAAAAAGAUUGAAGAUAAAGAAUUACAUGAUGGUUGUAAAGAAAAACUUUUGGGUUCUUGUAUUGGUGUAGGUUAUACUAAUCUUAAUCGUACUAUUUUAUAA